ACCGUCUAAUGUCCGUGCUGAGUGUGACGAUCCUUACUGUGACAUGGAAAAAACGGGACUCUACAGCCUCCUUUAUUACUUCAUUCUCAAUUCGCCCUUAAUGAUUUGUGCAAAUGCUGCAUUCACUGAAGUCCCUAAAGAUGUGACUGUGGGGGAGGGAGAAGAUGUGGAGAUGCCCUGCGCAUUUAAGGCUGUCAGCUCAGCACCCAUGUCUUUGGAGAUCCAGUGGUGGUACCUGAAGGAGGAUCUGCCUAAAGAACUGCCUCAUGAGCUACAGAUCAGCGCCCCAGUCAACAGAGCCAAGGUCCCUCAAAGGGAAGCCACAAAAAUAAGUACUGUGCGUGUUCAGGGCAAUGCCAUCUCCCACCGCCUAAGCCUGUCCAAGGUGAAGAAGGAAGACGGGGGGGUGUACGAGUGCCGUGUGUCUGAUCUGUGGGCUGAUGAGACUCAGGAAUUUACGGUCCAUGCCACGCUGCACAUCAUGCAGCAUGGUGACGGCAUGGUGGCUGAGGAGGCUGUGUCACACAUCCAGAACCGCUGGCUGUUGAGGAAUGCCAACACAGCUCUGGAAGUGGACACAGCAGCAAGGGCCACCUCAGAGCCCGGCCAAGGCCUGGCGGGAGGACCGAGGUUAGGGCAGGGGAAGCAACGGGUGCGUCAGGAGGCUCAGCCCGGCCUCCUCCCUUCCAUCUCGUCCACCACCACCACCUCGGUGGCAAAGUCGUCAGCCUCACCACUGCCAGGGAAAGCGACCAUCCUCUGGCAGCAGCAUGGAGCUGAGUUGGCUUCAGCUACAACAAGACCAGCAACACCUGGAGAGACACCAACUGGGGAAUACACAUCCACCAGGUUAUUCUUCCUCCUGACACAGAUUCCAAAGACAAGGCUUAUAUCUUAUCACAAGUUGGCUACAAUGAUGCAGACUUUACGUGAUUGGAUGCCAAGGGUAAAGCUGGCAUAUUUCUCCUCCACUGAUCAACAACACUGGCAGCUUUGAGACACACUAAUAGAUUUCGUGGAGGUAGGUUUCACACUGUGCAGGUUUUUUUGGGGAAUUGUAAUUGGAUUAUUAGAAGUUCAUGGGUUUUAAAUGUGGGUAACCUGAAUGAACUCUUGACAGGUGGGCAGUGAUGUAAUUCUGAUGGGCUGGUCCCUACACUCCUCCCCCCCUAGCAAAAGCCGGCCAAAGGUAAGGCGCUGUAGUUGUCCCAAAAAUGUCUGUUUCUCAGAAUUACAUCCCAAGGCUUUGAUUAAGGUGUUCUUGACUUAUGACUGGAUUUAGUGUCUGAGUUAGAGGAGCUGUCAUGCUGAUAAGCCUGUUGUCCCCCCACAGAUCCUUUUGCCCACCCUCCGCUGGGACAGAACAUAUCAUGUCUGAGAAGCCAAUGAAGUCCUCCCCAUCAAAGUCCAAAUUCGAGAUCUCCAGAACAUACUUGUGCUCCUGUUCCUGCAGGUCUUGAGCGUUUUGGUAGCAGGGUUUCAGGCGAGAAAUGUGGACAACUUUUAAGUCCUGGCCAGAAUACUCCAAAACCACUUUGUAGUUCACCGGCCCAACUUGCUAUCCGAUAUGGCCCUUGCCAUUCGGGGGCUAAUUUUGCAUUUAUGGACUUCUCCACUUUGGAGAGGGGAUGGGCUUGUACCAAGACUCUUAGUUGUUCCCCAAACUCCAUGUCUCGUCUGAGUUUAUCAUAGUUCCUUUUCUGACAAUGUCAUGCAGAAUCCAGGUUUUUGGAAACAAAGGAACAGAGAUCAUCCAGGUGUGCAAUCAUGGUCUAGGCAGGGGUGUUAGGAGUAGGCUCUUGAGGUUGCAGCAACAAAUGUCUGAGAUCCAGAUCUGCAGGGGAAACUCCAGUGGACUUCUGGACCACCGAGUUAGUAAACCAGUACUCUGGGAGGUAUUUAUUCCAAUACUUAUUCUGGUUUCCAACAUAUGAUGCAAUCAUGGUUUUUGAAAUACGGUUCAAUCCCUCUGUGAAGUUGGUCAGGGGAUGAUAGGCAGAGGUUAAUUUGUGUCCCACGUUCCAAGUUUGGCACAUCGUUUGAAAGGUUAAGGAAAUUAACUGUUUCCCAUGAUCUGAAAGAAUGAAAUCAGGAAGGGCCCAUGGGGUCGAGAUGUCCUUCACCAGGAGUUGAUAUAGUUUUUGCAGUUGCUUUUCUCAAAGUUCCACCCAUCUGGAGUGAUAUUCCACAUACCAGUAGGUAAACAUUUUUUGGGAGCUCUUUGGAAAUGGACCCAUUAAAUCCAUCCCAAGCAUUUCCCAGGUGUGUUGGACCAGACUUUGCUGGAGAUUUGUCACCAAUUUUCAGGUUUAUACAACUGACACUUGGCAAUUCUGAACACGUUGUUUGACAUCCCAGCUCAUCUUUGGCCAAUAGACCAGGUGUUGCAGUCUCUGGUAGUGCUCACACUGAGUACAGGUCCUGGCAUUCAAAGUCUACCUGCUAGGCCUUCCACAUGGCUUUGAUGGAGAAAGGAAGCUCUUUUGAUGGUCCAGAGGAAGCAGAAAUUAUGGUAAAACGCAAGUAUGGAGGGCUGAUCUCCUGUAGGGGCUCAGGAGCGGGCAGUGAUGAGAGGAAUGAUCUGUUAACACAGUGCAAAGGUGACCGUCCAGAUAGGUGCUCCACUCCUCCAAUGCCCAAACAGCAGCCAAGCAUUCCAACAUGUUGGCAACAUAAUUACUCUCAGCUGGAUUCAAGUCAUGGCUGGCAAAUGUGAGGACUUCCUCAGUUCCAAGGUCUGCUUUCUGAACCAGUAUUGCCCCAAGCCCUAUCCCGCUGGCAACGGUAUAGACCACAACAGGAGCUGUGAAGUUUGGGUGACAUAGGACAGGUAGGUUUAUCAGAUGUUCUUUAAGCAUAUCAAAAUCAGCUUGGCAAGCAGGUUACCAGAAGAACUUUGCUCUUCAUUUCUUUAAGGCAUUUAGUGGCUCAACAAUCUGUAAGAAGUUGGGAACCUGACUCUGCCAUGCCCAGGAACCUCUGUAAGGCUUUCAGGUUGGUGGGGACUGAGAAGUUGCGCAAAGCCUUAGUUUCAUACAGGUCAACAUGAACCCCGGCUGCAGACACAAUAUGUCCCAGAAAUUUCAGACAUGUCCUAAGCAGUUUACUGUCAAGGACAGCUUGGACAUCAUAGAAAUGCUGUUCCCAGGACUGGGAUAAAAUUAUGUUGUCAUCCAGGCACGUCACGGGGGCAUUCUUCAGUCCAAACAGCAUGGCUUAAGACUGGAACCUCACGGGGGCAUUCUUCAGUCCAAACAGCAUGGCUUAAAACUGAAACUGACCCAGAGGGCAGAUGAGGCUGUGAUUUCUCACACCUCAGAGUCCAUUUCCACCUGCCAAUAUCCUCUUAUUUAUGUCUACAGAAGAGAAGACAGCAGCACCUGAGAGACUAUCCAGUAUCUCCUGGAUUGUGGGAAUGGGAUAGGUAUCCGUGACUAUGUUUUCAUUCACUUUCCCGAAAUCUAAACACAACCUUGGUUUGCCAAGCUCCCUGGAAUCAGGACUACUGGAAAAGCCCAAGCAGAGCAAGGCAGUUCAGUUACAUCGUACUUCAGCAUGUCAUUAAUGACUUCCUUCAUCAUCUUCAGCUUAUGAGAGCAGGUACGAUAGGGAUUCUGCUGAAUGGGAAGUGGAUUUGUGAGAAAGGUCUGGUGCUUUGAUAGCUUAGUGCAUCCCACUUAUGCUGUACAAACAUCAGCAUUUUUGAGUAAAAGGGUCUCUAACUGGAUUUUCCAGGGUUCCUCCAGAUGAGACUCCUGGAUUGUCUUCUCAGUCUGUCUUCCAAAGUGGUCAGCGUAGGGAACAAUGCAGUAGCUGUUGGAGCUUCCACCGAAAAGAAAGCAGCAUAGUUGUUAGACUCUCCCUCCCUCAGAAGAGGAGAAAGUUUUUCCUUCGAAUUUUCCUGGAACCAGUACGCUCUUCCUGCAACAUCUUUCUGCAUACUGUAUAUUCUGCAUAUUUUAAGUAUUGCGAUUCUACAAGUAUUGUGAUUCAUAUUACAAUUUAUUGUGAUAUUUGUUUAGUUUUAACAGACCAUGAGAAAAAGGUGAAUCAUA